AUGCCUCUUCAGCAGAUACCAACACCACCUCCUCAUUUCCCUCAAAGGCUUAAAAAGAAAGUCGAAGAUGGGAAAUUUGCGAAGUUCAUCACCAUGCUGAGACAACUGUCAUUGAACAUACCAUUAGUGGAAGCCCUAAAGCAGAUGUCAGGAUAUGCCAAGUUCAUGAAGGACUUGGUCACGAAGAAAAUAGCUGUAAGUAUUGAUUUUACUGACAAUGUUCAUCAUUGCAGUGUUAUUGCUAUCAGGUCUCUCAUACAGAAGAAGAAGGAUCUGGGUGCAUUCACCAUACCGUACACAAUCGGAUCAAUCGAAUUCGCAAAGGCCUUAUGUGACUUAGGGACCGAUAUAAACUUGAUGCCGCUGGCCACCUACAAGCAACUGGGGUCAAUGAAACAACCGCAUGAUAUGAAUGUGAUGUCUGCGAUAGAAGUCUUUGAUAAAGAAGAUAUGGGAGCUACCAUUGAGAAGAGGUUGGUUGUUGAAACAUUAGCAGCCGUGUUGAUGAACUUUGAAGCUGCUUUCUGGACUAACUAUGUGGAUACCAUGAAUGCUUUACAGGAUUUGAAUGAUGAACAGGUUCAAGCUGUGAUCAAAGUGCUAAUUACGUACAAAAGAGCAAUUAGGUGGACCAUUGCUGACAUCAUUAGGAUACCUCCGGGUAUAUGCACUCAUAAGAUCCAACUUGAGGAGGAUUGCAGCCUAAGCAUUGAACACCAGAGGAGUCAUUGGGACAGCCCAAUACAAUGUGUGCCCAAAAAGGGUGGUAUAACAGUGGUUACAAAUGCAAAGAAUGAGUUGAUCCCGCAGAGACCAGUCAUGGGAUGGCGAAUUUGCAUGGAUUACAAAAAGCUGAACAAGUGGACCUUGAAGGAUCACUUCCCAAUGCCAUUCAUGGAUCAGAUGGUUGACAGGUUGGCUGGAAAAGGGUGGUACUACUUCCUAGAUGGAUACGCUGGCUACAACCAAAUAUCAAUUACUCCUAAAGAUCGGGAAAAGACCACGUUUACAUGUCCUUAUGGCACCUUUGCAUUUAAACGCAUGUCAUUUGGACUAUGUAAUCCACCAACAAUUUUUUCAGAGAGAUGCGAGGAGGCUAACUUAGUGCUAAAUUGGGAGAAGUGUCAUUUCAUGGUCAAGCAAGGCAUAGUCCUUGGUCACAAGGUCUUACAAAAGGGGUUAGAGGUUGACAAAGCCAAAAUUAAGCUUUCGGAGAAGGAGGUGAAAUUUUCUUUUGAUGAAGCAUGUCUAAGAGCCUUUGAAUGCCCGAAGGAAAAGCUGAUUUCUGCCCCAGUUAUCAUUGGCCCAGAUUGGGCUGAACCAUUUGAGGUAAUGUACCAUGCUAGUGGUACUGCCCUAGGAGUUGUGUUGGGGCAGAAGUGCAACAAGAUGUUCCAUCUGAUCUAUUAUGCUAGCAAAUUACUAAAUGGAGCACAACGAAACUACACAGUCACUGAACAUGAACUACUGGCUGUGGUGCAUGCUUUCGAGAAAUUCAGAUCUUACUUGUUGGGUACUAGAGUGAUAGUCCACAUGGAUCAUGCAGCUCUGAGAUACCUUAUGGCAAAGAAAGAUACCAAGCCUAGGUUAGAGGUUGAAAACAAAGAGGAACUUGAGCUCGAAAUCAAUGAUUCAUUCCCGAAUGAGCAUGUAUUAGUUGCUACUCUUGAUUUUAUUCCUUGGUUUGCUGAUUUUGCUAAUUUCCUUGUUAGUGUCUUGCUGCUUGAGGGGCUGACAAUUCAGCAAAGGAAGAGGUUCCUGCAUGAUGUGGGUAAGUAUUUUUGGGAUGAACCUUAUUUGUACAGGGUGUGUGCUAAUAAUAUCAUCAGGGGAUGCAUCCCUGAAGCUGAGAUGUUGCACAUUCUAGAGGCUUGUCACUCCUCUCCAGUGGGUGGCCAUCAUGGAGGCGCUCGGACAACCCACAAGACCAGUGGCCAAGUGGAGGUGUCCAAUAAAGAAAUAAAGGUGAUUUUGGCAAAAACAGUGAAUGCCAACAAGACAGAUUGGGCACGAAAGUUGGAUGAUGCUCUAUGGGCAUAUCAAACAGCUUUCAAGAUGCCUAUUGGUAUGUCUCCAUAUCAAUUGGUGUUUGGAAAGGCAUGUCAUUUGCCAGUUGAGCUUGAGCAUAAGGCACUCUGGCUUUGA